AGCUCUUUCCUAAAUUAACUGUCAAGCGACCGGUCGUUUUGCAUGUUUACAUAAUUUCGUCGGAAAUCUCCAAUAUUCAGUAGCUCCUUUCAUCGGAAACCUAAGGAUUACCCAAAAUGCCUCCCCAGCUAACAGAUAUUCCUCCCGAGCCAAAAACUCCAGAAGAGGAAGAAGUAUUCAAAAAUCUAUGGUCGAUACGGCCUUGCUAUCUUUACAACGAGGAAUACGAUGAUUGCACCAGCAUCCGGGCGCGAUUUCACCAGUACUUCAUUCACGGCGACAGUAUCGAUUGCAAUCAGUGGAAACGAGAUUUCGAUAAUUGUGUUCGUUUUGAGCGAAACCCGAAGGACACAAAAAGUGCUCUGGAGUUGAUCGAAAGCGAAAAGGCGAGGCGAACCGAACGCCUGGGAGCACACUACGGAAACGAUGUUUGGAAGAAACGGGACAGGGUCCCGGAUGACUGGGCCAAGCCUCUGCCGGAAAAGCUUCAGAAAGAGUAUGAAAACUCGUAUUUGGAGCUGAAGGCUAGAGAACUUCGUGGCGAAAUAGAACCCUCUAAGGACGAUGGUCGGACACUGUGCGUCAUAAUGUAAAUUUAUGGGUUAUUAAGAUCUAGCUUUAUUGAAUUCUUAAGAGUUUUAACUGAUACAAAGACG